GAUGAUGAUGCCUUGUGCCAAAACAAAUAAAUCACUGGAAAUUUUUAUAUUUAGUGUUUAUUGCAGAGGGUGGGAUUGAGUAAGAGGGACCCACAUCAUCUCCGUUGAAAAGAUUAGAACUUUCUGCCAAAAUUCGAUUACUGAAUCAUCGAGAACGAGGGAGAAAAUGAUGCACUGCUUGCAGGCUCCGCGAAUCGUGAUGCCCUGUGCCCGGAAUCUGAGACCACGAACCCGAAUUUCUUCCACCGCCAUUGAAGCAGCGACGAGCUCGCAGACCCAUUUCUCGUGUUCUUCUUUUUCUUCUUCACCGUCGAUGCCUCGCCGUUUGAUUCUUCUCCGACAUGCUCACAGUUCUUGGGACGAUUCUUCUCUCAGAGAUCAUGAACGUCCUCUGAGUAAAGCCGGACGAGCUGAUGCCGCUAAAGUUUCUCAGAUAAUCUGCAGAUUGGGUUGGGUUCCUCAGCUUAUUCUCUCAAGCGAUGCGGCACGAACAAGGGAGACAUUGAGGAUAAUGCAGGAUCAAGUUGGAUUGCUAAUGGAGGUUGAGGUGCAUUUUAUCCCUAGCUUUUACUCCAUUGCCGCUAUGGAUGGCCAAACGGCCGAGCACAUCCAGCGAACUGUCUGCAGAUUCUCAACGGAUGAGAUAACCACCGUAAUGUGUAUGGGACAUAAUAAGGGAUGGGAGGAGGCAGCCUCCUUUCUGGCUGGAGCUCCUGUUAAGUUGGAAACAUGCAAUGCUGCUUUGCUUCAGGCCUCUGGCAAAUCCUGGGAAGAGGCAUUUGAUCUGGCGGGUCCUGGCGGAUGGGAGCUUCAUGGUGUGGCGACACCGGAUAGCAACAUCUGUGUUUAAAUGGAGAUUUCUGCAUAUUGCCACUCUCUCUAGGUACCGAGACAUAUAUAUACAUAUAGAUCGGUAUCAACCUUUGAUGCUACACUCUCCUGCAGAGUGAUUUUGUUAGAAGCUGAAAACGUUAAGAGUUUUGGUCGUAUAAGCAUUUAGAUGUUGUGAAAAUGCAUACCAAGGAACCUUACCAUUAAAUUCCGUUCUUGAGACGAGUACGAAACAUAAGCUCCUAGUUGUUGUUUGUAACUUACUAUAGUUGGCAAAAUACCAGAAGAACACACUGACACAGCA